CGACAGUGCGACCGCUGCCAGAGGUCAGCUAACAUUUUCUGCCCAGGAUGAGAUGCCCCAAAACAUUUCGUCAUUUGUGAGAUCUUUAAUUUUUGGGGCAUCGAUUUCAUGGGCCCAUUCCCUCCAUCUUUUGGUAAUCUCUAUAUCUUGUUUACUGUUAACCUAUGUCUCGAGGUUGGCAGAAUCUUAGGGCAUGCCCACCAAUGAAGCAAGACGUGUCUCUCAAUUCCUGAAGCAGCUUUUCAUCCGGUUUGGGACACCCCGUGCCAUCAUUAGCAAUAGAGGCACCCAUUUUCAGGGGCAAUUCAAAAAGCUCUUCUCUCGUUAUGAUGCCACACAUAAGGUGUAUGUGGCCUACCAUCCUCAAACAAAUAGUCAGGUCGAGUUGACGAACAGGGAGUUCAAGAGAAUCAUUGAAAAGACGAUGGAUUAAUUCUGCAAAGAUUGAUACUUCACAUUAUCGGCUUGACACUUUCAUGUUGAUCAAGAGAACGACCUUCUGGGCCCUUAAGCUGCUAAACUUGGAUUUGAGUGCUACAAGUACUACACAUAAGCUGCAGAUGCUGGAGUUGGAAGAAUGGCGUCAUUACGCCUAUGAGAAUACCCAAAUUUAUAAGGAGCGAACAAAGCAUCUUCACGUCGCUUGUCUGAAGGGCACCAAAGAGUUUCAGGUCGGUGAUUGCAUCUUACUCUUUAACGCACGCGUGAAACUCUUCUCGGGCAAGCUACGUUUGCUAUGGUCUGGACCAUUCAUGGUCAUCCAGGUGUUCCCGUAUGGCACGAUGAAGAUUAGGAAUGCACAAACCGAGCCAUUUAAGGUGAACGACAACCUCCUGAAACCCUAUCUGGGAGAUGAUGUGGAGUGCGAGGAGCUGCUCAUCAAACUCGAGGAACCCUUAGUUCAUCUAUAUGCAUCCAUCUAAAAGACGGUAAAAAAGCGUUUGUUGGGAAGCAACCCCACCAUGAUUUGAUUUUACUUCCCUUUUCUUUUGAUUUUUUUUACUACUUUUAUGUGAGUUCAAUCUGUCUUGAGUCAUUUUUGUGGCCCCGGCUACGUCGUGCGUAAAGCCAGGAUUUUGGUGAAUUCAAAUGGAGCGGGAAUAAUUCUUUUGGAAAAACAUGGCUUCUCCUUCACAGAAACCCGACCUUGUUUUAGCCAUAAGAGGCCGUGUUUUCCAGGUUUUAGCGAGGGGGAAUGGCAGGAGCAAGAUUUACAAAAACUAGACCACGAUUUCUUCACUAAGAGGGCGUGUUUCUUGUUUUGAAAACAUGACCUCCCUCUCUCCUCGCAUUUGUCUUUUCCUCAAAAAACCUGCCCCAAAAUCAGAUCUCCACCUGCUGCUCCUUCGCCCUCCGCCCGCCUUCAAUGAGACCACCAUUACGCCGUCUCCGUUCUCCCACCAUCAGCCGCUGGGACACCUGCAUUGACCAACUUGAGUUCACUUAGUAGCUCAUCCUCCAGUAAAUCGACGCCGCCUAUGUGGUGGUUGUCUAUGUUGAUGUUAAGGGUGUUCAUGUGUUGAUGUCUAAUAGCUAGUAUGAUUCAUGUGUUUUGUGCCCCUAUGGUAUGUCACCAAAGUCUGCAUUAUUAAAAAAAUUUGACCUUCGCA